AUGUGGUUUCUUUUGCAAUUAAUAACAACAUGUUUCGCGUACUGUGGGACGGGCUGUCUUGGCUGUUUUAAUUCUUCACAAAACAGUGAAGAGAUCUGUAUCAAGUGUAAAGAUAAUUUUCGACAGACAUCGUUAUGCACUGAAUGCCAAUUAUUUAACCCUUAUGAAAACUUUUCGGACACUAAUCCACUUAUAUUGAUGUACAACAAAAGCUGCAUCGUCACAAAUUCGACUGAUUCUGUUUUAUACUGGAAACCUCUAUUUAUUGAAGAGCUAUUUUUUAACACACCAAUUACCUUUAAUGUCACAAAAACGAUGACUCCGAUGCUUGGGAUAUGUCACGACGACGACACCAACAAUCAAUAUCGCUUUGGCAAAUAUUUUCACUUUUAUUUUCCCCCUUCGAGUACCAAAAAUUACAUCAACAUUUACGUUCAGAAAAACACGACAGAAGGGAAAGUUAAAAUUGAGUUAACCAAAACUGUUUUUGAUGACGCGAAUAGAGUAUAUGAACCAGAGUGUUUCAGUACCACAACACUGGCAGGUCAAACGGGGUAUUCCAUCACACGAACAAAGAGCACAGAAACCAAUUUUACUUUAUUUGUUGGGAUGGUCGAAGCCUUUGAUUGUGAAAUGACAGUCUCAAUGUUAACUGCAGACAAGAUGCUUCAAAACAUUCAGUUUGAAGUGUAUAAUAUAUCAAAUUUUGUCGAACAGCCUAUUCACCUUCACCUCGACUUCAGUCUUAUGAGCGUCACAGACUUCGCCGCGUGCUCUCCACAGACCACUCCCUACAAAUCUUUCUUUUUCCAAAUUCUUGGCUCGAUUCCAAAGAAGAGCAGAAUUCUUAUGACAAGUUCUAAUGGCGAAACACAGUUUUUGGAGUAUGUUAAGUGUGUGAAUGUCACGAAUGUCUAUGCAAAAUGUUAUUGUGUGAAUGGGACAAGGAUGAGGCGAGACUUGUGGAAGAUGCACCCCGAGACUGGGUUUGUGUAUUCUCCUGUUGGAACUUCAUUUGAGGAAAACAUCUUCAGAUUGUUUUCGAGGAACAUGGUUAUGCGGACUGAAUUCACUAUGCGGGUGAUUUGUCCGAACAACUGUAACGAAGAGAACAACGGUGGCAAUUGUAGUAUUCAACUUGGGAAGUGUGUAUGUACCAGUGAAAAAUAUGGUGGUGAAGAUUGUCACGAAUUGUGUUAUUAUAAUAAUACUUGGCACAUUCAAAAUAUUAAUGAAAAGUGUUAUUAUGGUGAAUCAAAUUGUGACUCGUAUUGUAAUUGUUACAAUGGGACUUAUAUUCUUGAUCAUUAUUGUGUGAGUGAAGCCUGUUACAACAAUAUUAUUCAAGAAAAUGGUGAUCUGUGUGAACGUGGUAAAAAUCACUGUCAAUCAAAUUGCAAUUGUGAAAAUGGGUAUAUCCUCAAAAGUACCAAAUGUAUUCCAAUAACCUGUGGAAAUGGCAAAUUAGAUCAUGAAGAAGAACAAUGUGAUUCUGGCGCGUCGUGUAAUGUGAUUGAUUGCACGUGUUAUGAAGGCUUUGAGCCGGACAAAAAGCGUCCGGGCUCGUGCACAAGAAAGUAUCACAUCGUGUUAAUAACACUCGUCACUAUUUCUUGCAUCUUUUUGUUUUUUGUUCUAAUUAUUACUGUUUGCCUGACUAUUAUUAUAUCAAGGAAAGAACGAUUUAUUCUAAAAAAUGUGGCUGAAACUACGGAAUACCCCCAACCUACUUAUUAUUAUGAUGUUUCUAAAAUGACACAUGUGAUGCCAUACACUAAUAAAUAUCCAUCGAAUAAGUGUAACCUCACUUUCGGAGCAAAAAACAAGACUUUAAAAAUAGACGAGACAGUUUAUGAAGUCAUAGAAAUUACUAAUCACACGACCCACCCUAUGUUCAUCAUUUUUCAUUCACCGAAUGUCUCUAAAUACUCAGUCCAUUUCUGCCCACAGACUAGAAUCAUUUCUAGAGGAAAAACUAAACAGUUUGUUUUGUUGUUCACGCCACACUGCACUACACAAUUGGGAGGAACUUACUUCUACGCUUCGAUGUACUACGGCGACAAGGCAAAGCUGAUUGAAUUACAAAAACUCAUUUUCGACAAAAACGUUUUGGACAUUGGUGACUCUCUCCAAUACAACGAUUUGCUGAGUAAAUUGAAUCCCUCAUAUUUCGAGCUUAUGGUCAACACACAAAUUGAAAAUUCGUUUCGUGUCGACUACGACGAGGUGUUUCUUUCCCCACAAAAACUCAAUACGAAGCAUUCGCAGAAGAUAAAGACAAUCGCCGUUUACAGGGGCACACCAGUCGUAUUAAAGUCGAUCGACCUCUCAACUUUAACAUCCAAAGGGGCAGAGGAUCUCAAAAUUUCUUCUGAUAAAUAUUAUUCGGCCAUAAAGAAUUUAAGGUCACCAUAUCUUCUCAUGCCAAAUGGCUAUUUUCUCUAUGAACAACAAAUAUUUUCAAUGUAUGAAGUGCGCAGUUUAGGAAGCGCCGACGCUUAUUUCUUCAAUCCAAUUUACAAAGGACAAUUCUCAUACUUAUAUAAAUUAAAAGUAAUGAAAGACAUAGAGUGCGGGUUACACUAUCUCCACGAAUUUAAAUUGCUCCACUUAAACCUCAAAUUGUCAAAUGUUCUAAUGAACACAUUCUCUUUGGAAUUCCCUGUUGUGACGGCUCAGAUUUGCCACUUCUGGGGACGUGCUGAUCUUCGCGCAAAAGCCGAGGACAAUGGCGUCUUCAUGAAAAAUCCGCGGUGCGAUCCACCAGAGGUGUACACACAUAUAUUCGGCAAUUUCUCAGACGUCUUUUCAUUCGGAAUUUUGUGUUGGGAAAUUUUCUAUGAGAAACGGACGUUUGAAGACUCAAAAACUUUGUUUGAUAUUAAAAGCGCAGUCAUCGCCGGGAAAAUGCCACCUUUGGACGACCGUAUUCCAAAAGACCUUGGAAAUCUCAUUUCAAGGUGUUGGGAAUACAACUACCUUCAACGAAUUUCAUUUAAAGAAGUUCAUGACAUUUUGACUAAAAUAUUUGAAGAAAAAAUCGCUGUGAAUACAGAAAAUUUGCUAAAAGAUACUACAAACAACGAGUUUCUCGAAGAUGUCAAAAUUGAUAAAUUUGACUUUUUUAAAAAGGCUACAAAGCAAAGAUUACUUAAACCUUUUAGUAUAGAAGGCGUUUUUGUUUAG